CCAUUUCCGCAGAAUAUUUUCCUUCAAACGGCUAGCAACAUCGGACAGGGAAUCAAGUAGUAAUAAACACCCAGCGUUUUUGCAGCUUUGCAUUCCCCAAAAAAUAGACAGAGUCUGCACUCAGCUCAAACAUGUCGCACACUAUUUUGCUUGUCCAACCAACCAAGAGACCUGAAGGCCGCACAUAUGCUGACUAUGAGUCAGUGAAUGAAUGUAUGGAAGGUGUUUGCAAAAUGUAUGAAGAGCAUCUUAAGAGAAUGAAUCCUAACAGCCCCUCCAUCACUUAUGACAUUAGUCAGUUGUUUGACUUUAUUGAUGACUUGGCAGAUCUCAGCUGCCUUGUAUACAGAGCUGACACUCAGACAUACCAACCAUACAACAAAGACUGGAUUAAGGAAAAAAUAUAUGUCCUGCUGCGGCGUCAAGCUCAACAGGCAUCGAGGUAAAGGCAUCGGAGAGGAGUUGUCCUGCUACACACAUUUUGAAGGAGUUUUGCUGCACUUUAUUUCCACAGCGUCUUGAAGAUCUGUGUACAUGGACAACACUGACAGUUUGAAAAGGAAAGGGUUUACAUAUUAUACUUUACAUGGGGAAAGGAAGGGGUUAAAAAGCUGGGGGAAGGUCAGAAAUUUGGUGCAUUAUAUAGAAAUGGGGUAGUGCUGUGCAGCACACGUUAAUUUGUUACAUCAAGAUGAGAGUGGAGCGAACUGUAAAGACUAACUUAUUGAUGGCGAGGGAUUUGGAGAAAUUCUGCACAAGAUAGGUAAAACUUUUUUCUUUUUUUUUUUGGUCAAAUUUAUAAUGGCAUGUUUUCAAUAUCCCUAAAAGUUAUGUGACAUUUUUCAUAUACCUUUACUGGGCAGUUGGAUGUGAAUUUUGAAUGCAGGUGAUUCGUUUUUAAUUAGAUAAAUGUGUGACUAACCAAUCAAUGAUACUGUCCCCGGAAGAUCUUUUUUUUUCUCCAUAUUUCAUUGAUUAUUAUUUUUAUUGUUACUAUAUCCUACCAUAACGAUGUAAAAUGCUCUUUUUGUUAAUGUUUUUGUUUUACGUAGCAUCUGAUUUCUGCUAUCCCUGCCUGUUUUCUGUGAUCUAAAGAAAAUAAACGAUUGUUUUCUGA